AUGGGUGACGAGCUGGACAUGAACUUUGGUGGUUUGCGGGACAAGAAUGAGAUCAUCCGAAAGUACGUGGACAACCUGAACCGUCUCCGACAUCUGGCUGCCCGGCGGGGCCAAAUCAGCGAGACCGAGUUCAACAACUACCUGAUACGGCACUACUUCCACAACAAUAACAUCAUCAAUUACAUCUUCGACAAGCACACUAGCCGCACCCUGCUGAAAACGGUGAUCGAGCGGAAGAAAAAGAUCAUCAACUUCAUCUUUCUGUUGCUGACGCUGUUUGUCGUGUUCUCCUACAAGCAUGAGGUGUCGACCAUCGUGCUGCGCAAUAUCCAGAGCUUCAUCUAUCCGGGGAUGCGCUAUUGGCGCAAGGCCACCGUGCCGAUCAUCGCUUCGUAUCCGGCGCUCACCGAGUAUUACGAUGAGAGCUGCCUGCUGACCAAUCCGUAUUUUCAGGUCGAAAAUCUCAACUGUGAUCCGUGCGCGGACGUGGCAAAUGUGCUUGAUUUCACCGCCGUGCAUGAACCGCGCUCAACGUUGGUCGCUUCGGCUGCCGUCAAUUAUCCCUACAUUUUCAAAACGCAAAAGGAGCUGGUCGACAUCGGCAGUGUGCAAGCACUGGUCGAACAACAUCGAUCAGUCUUCACCAAGGAUGCGUAUCGGGUUCAAUCGACUGACGAUGCCAUUCACAAUCUGGAUGAUUUGUUUCGAGUGUUCGCGAACGUCAGUGGUACGACCGGUGGUCAUGGGCCAAUCCCCGCACCUGAAAGCCACAAUGUAUGGCGUUGCAACCGGAUGGAACCGGCCCGAUUGCUGCGAAGGUUGUUUCCCCGGCCUAACCGACUUCCGGCGACGGGUGUCAGUUUGGAACGGUACCUGCUAAUCGAUACACCACAGGCACCGCUCUACAGUGUCCCCGAUGCAGAGUGUGCCAACAUGUUCGUCAUCCAAGGUAGUGGCAGCAGAACGUUUAUGCUACGACCCACACAGGAAUGCAGGCAUCGCUGUCGGACACUUUCCGUCAGGUUGCCUCCUUACUAUGGAUUGAUUUACAACUGGUGGUACUGGAGACCAGUAUCGUUGCCGGAAUUCAACGCCAAAACCCCAUCGAUUAGCUAUGUAGGCAGUUACUGUUGA